AACUCUCGGAACUGCUCGAUCCUUUGGACAGCGCCUACGCUGACGUUCGUUUCAUUGACGUUGACGCAGAACAGACAGUACAACAGUACGAUGAUGUGCUAAAUGAGUUGUCGAGUGAAAUCGAAGACGAAAGCCUGUUAUGCGAUUCUGUCGACCAUUUCAUCACUGAAAUGAACGCCAUUUGUGAAUCGCUUGCUAAACAACCAACAAAGGAGACUAUCGAAAAUAUUGAACAGUUCCAGAUCCCAGCAUUACGAGCACAACUUCAAAUGCUUGAACAGAGACAUGAUGAAGCGUAUCACGGUCGUAAGCAUGUUGAUCCCGAUUCGUCGCGUUUGUCGAUUUUGAACGACCGUAUGGGUUCGUUGGAUGCGCUGCUCCGUGAUGCGAAAUCAUCUGCAGAGAAGGACGAACAGGAUCGACUUAAGGAAGUACUCCUUAUCAAAAUAUACGAACUACAAUCGAUUCCUAUUCGCGAGCUAUCGGAGAAAUCGUUGGAUGAUAUCGAGAAACAAAUUCAUGCUUUACCGAGUGAGAAUGCAGAACCAAUACAGAAACAGAUCGACGAAAUGCGUAACUCGAAGAAACAACAUGAUGAUGAGCUCCGAGAUGCACAAGAACGACUGGCUAUGAUCGAGGAGGCGAUCGCCACGCUACCAUCUACCCGUGAUAUUGCGACACUUGAAGCCAAUCUCGGACGUAUGCGAGACGCUCGUGAUAAUUUAGCGACUUUAUCACCGGAUCUGUUAGCUGAUGAGAAUAUUGGCAAUAAAGUGGAGAACAUGAGUAAAACCAUCGACGAUAUCACGAAACGUGAUGAAGAAGAGCUGCAAAAGAUGCUAACUGAUCGUGAUACUCGCAACAACAUCAUCGAAUCAUUAGAACAGAUUCAACACGAUACCGGCUGGCGAUGCGACGGAAGAGCUGCGACAGAGAAGCGAAUGGGAUUUGUCGAGGCUGAAAGAUCUUCUGAAGAGGCUUGGUGA